AUGGCUCGCAAAGCUGGCGACUCUGGUCCCCGCACCCUGGCAGCCGGUAUGGCGGGCUGGACCAACGGCAUCCCUCCGCCGUCUACCAUCGCCGCUCAGAUUGUCAACAACCACUCCCGCGCAAACGGUGCCCAGGAACCCCAGAACAAUGCGCUCUUUGGCCAGCUUCUGCAAGAGUUCCUGGCAGAUCCAUCUGCAGAAGAGUCUGAUGUGCGACUCACUCUGCAGCUGAUUUCUGUGGUCGUCGAGGCUGGUUUCAAUGCUCUUCUCAAAGAGAAUCCUUUCGGCCGUGACGUGCUGCUAUCACAGGCCAAAGACGCCAUCCUUACGACUCUGGAAAAUCAAUGCUCGGCCUUACUUGCAAGUCCUUCUUACAAGGUUACACUGCCUCCACCUAACAUGGUCUCACGCCUACUACCCGACGGACAACAGAUUGUGGCUAUUCCUCAGAAUUGCCAAAUGGAAACGAACAGCCAUUCGCAGGCUGCCAGUAUUGCAUUGUCGCUCAUGGAUCCCAUUUGCAGGUUUCUUGGUCCUUCCUGGGACACGUACAUUACAGCCACUGGCCGGGCUGCGAUUCCCGACUGGAUUGCUGACGGUCUUGGUCGUUUAUGGACGUGUUGUAGCAAGCUCAACCUUUUGAAUAAGUCUCAGAAGGAUUACUUUGAUCUACUUUUGCACUUGUUCCUCUCAGUCUUGAAAUCAUUCGCGCCACGAGCUAUCGUCGAGCAAACAGCAACCGUCCUUUCUCCCAAGAUCUCAACUGCCUUCUAUGAGACACUCUCCGAGAUCACUGAACUGAUAUGCCAGCUGCCAGCCAGCCCGGAUGUUCAGCACCAACUUUCAGACGUCAUCCUCACCACCGUUUGGCUCAACCGACCGGCAAGAGCGGAUCAGUUUCUGUUAUUCGAGAACGCAUCAGCAACUGCUAGCCUUUUCGACGAGUUAUUCCUCUCGACUAUCGAAUCGCUUGCCCAGGAUGACUCACAGACCGUACUCCUUGAACACGAUCUACGAAGUGCCAUCGGUUUCUGUGUUAAACGCAGAGAUUGGGUCAAAGAAGCUACCGAUCUUGAAGAUACAUUAUUGUUGGACAAGUUUUCAGAACUACUGCUUGAAACUCAGCACGAAUUCCCAGACGAUGAGAGGCCACGCAAGCGACAACGCAUUGAUGCACCAGCUCAAAAGUCACGAUCGAAAUCCUAUUGGGACCAUCUAGUCCUGAAAGCGAGCACCUAUCUUGCCAACGAUGAUCAGCCCGGCUUAGAGGGUAUGAAGACUGCAGUAGAAGAGAAAUUUCCAAGCUUGUCGGAAAGCGACAAGUGUAGAGCCUUGACUGCAUUCAUGAGGCUACCUUGUGCAGCUAUGGGAACGCUGAAAGCCAACAUCCUCAGUAAUGGUGAUAUUGUGGACUCGAGCUGUGCCUUGUGCGAUGGUGGGGACGAUAGAACUCAUCCCGGUCACCGUAAUUGGAAUACCCACGGCACUGGACAGGAAUGGAAGGACGCCAUUACGGUUAUGCAGAAGAUCAUCAACUGCCCGGACCUUCAGCGGAGCAAGGGUCCACGAAUCUUGGCCGCUGCAGCAAUCAAGAACUUAUUGAGCCACAUCAAUGACCGCGAGGCGCUUAGCCUUACGAAGUCUUCGCUUGGGCAAUGGUGUAUGAAGUCAUUGAAAAGUUCACUGAGAGAACUACGCAUUGCUGCGGGGCACACUCUUCCGGUGUUCCUGCACGACGGAGUCCCUGAAGAAAUCCGGCAGAAGAACCGCAUAAGUGCGCUCAAUGUCAUGGUUCAAAUCGCGGACCGGGAAGUGCUGGGGGAACAAGAGACGCUCAUCCUCGCAUGGGGACAAGUGGCAAGGGUUUGUGGUGAUGACGAACUCAACAUUGCCCUUCUACAGUUGGUCAAUUACCUUGGCCACACUCACCCUAUGAUUUGCAGCGUGGCAUAUCAUGAGCUUGUGUCCCUUGCAGAUACGUUCAACUGCAAGCCGGGGGAGAUGCUAAGACCUUUUUGGCGAAAUAUCGGCUUUGAAGUAUUCAAAGACCUCUGCAGCAAACCACAAAAGGCCCAGCUAUUGUCGGACCUCAUUGAGGCAAGCGUCAACCAGCUUCUCGUAAUAACUCAACGAGAGGUCCUGCCAUAUGUCGUCCUCACGAAGAAGAAGGAUGUCCUGAAAAGAAUCGCAAUGGCACGAAACACGACCGUUCAGGAUGUUUGCCUACAGCCGAAAGAGAAUCUUGCUGCGAUAUUGGCCACGCUGUUGAUGCACCCCUCUGACGAUAUUGAAACAUCUACCGCCGCGCUCCUAUGCGAAUCCGUGCCGGAUAUUGAGAAAGAGGAUUUGACCACUUUGAUCAAGACCGAUCCCACUGACAUUGCCUGUGAGAUUCUCAAGGCGUCCGCCGGAGAAGAAGGCGCACGAAAAAAGGAGAUCCACCGAGCCUUUUGCACUUUUGCUACAAUUUGCGAGCGACGCAGUGGAUCCUCCAGUCGCCUGGCCACCAAAGAAUCAAAGGUUUUAGCGCAAUUCUUCGACACCAAUAUACUCGGAAUCAUGGCCCAUUUCUCGAGUAUCAUCGACAGCUCUAAGGAACACCAACCGCUUUGGGAAAGGAACCGGAGCCUGGGCGCUAUCGAGGAUCUCAUUGCUCUAGCAGGCAUCAACGUUAGCCCUGCGCUACCCCAAAUCCGCGCAUGCCUCCAAUCGGCUUUUAACGUGCCGCAGCUGUGCAACAAGGCGUUUUCAGCGUGGGCGUCUCUUUUAGAUGCGGUGGAGAAAGACGAAAUUGAGCCUUUAAUCGACCAAACCUUUUCUGUUGUGGUUCGAUAUUGGGACUCUUUCACGCCGGACGUCCAGAAAAAGGCCUUCACGGUCAUCUCAGAAAUUGUCCACAACCACAACAAGCUUCUUCAGGAGAGGAUCGACAUGCUCCCGUCUUUGCAAUCCAUCCCGCUGUUCAGUAAAAUCGAAUCCGAGAUCAACCGGCUUCGGGAGAAGUCUUCGGUGAACCCGUUCGAAGCAUUUACAAGGCGCUGCCGGGAUGAGAAUGCAUCGGUUGUCGCUCAGGCCCUGAAAGAACUACGGCUGUACCUCGAGACUGACCAACAGUCCAUCCACGAAACAACUGUUGCCCAGCAUCCGAGCAACGCGGUGGCGCAGCUUUGCCGUUCUAUAUUGGAUGCUUCAAUCAGAUUCACUGAGAGCCGCUCUGAGAUCGCUAUCCUUGCUGCACAAUGUCUCGGCCUCGUCGGCUGCCUGGAUCCAUCUCGGACUGAGACGGUGAGACCAAGGCGGGAAAUCCUCGUGUUGUCAAACUUCGAGCGAGCGGAUGAAGCCAUCGAAUUCGUUGCGUUCAUGCUGGAGUCCGUACUGGUAAAAGCCUUCCAAUCCGCGACCAAUGCCAUCUCGCAAGCAUUUAUCGCCUAUGCUAUGCAGGAGAUGCUCAAGUUCUGUGGUUUCAGCAAUGAAGCUACUGCAUACCGGCCACGUUCAUCACAAGGAAGUCCAUCCUACCAACGCUGGAUUGAGAUUCCCGAGACGAUCCGGAGUAUACUCACUCCGUUCCUGAAUUCGAAGUAUGAGAUCAAACGAAAGGAAAACCCAGCCCUCACCCAACAGUACCCGAUCUACAAACCUAAACUCACCCACGCCAUGUGGUUGCGAGACUUCGUCCACGACUUGCUUCAGCGGCCGAAGGGGGAAAACCCACAGACAAUGUUCCCGGUAUUGUCAAGAGUCAUCAGGGGCCAUGACUUGGCUAUUUCUACAUUUCUCCUUCCAUUUGCUGUAGUCAAUGUCAUCCUCGGUGGGACUGUGAAAGAGGCCGAGAACGUUGUUCAGGAACUGGUCCUCAUCCUAGAGACUGGAAUAGGCGGGCCGGGCCCUGAGGCUGACACAUUGAAGCAGUGUAGCGAGAAUGUCUUUCAAGUGCUUGACUACAUGUCGAAAUGGCUACAAGAGAAGCGUAAGCAGCUUAAUGAUAUUCGAAUGCUUGCCUCGCGAUCAGGGAGAGACCCGUCAGAGCUUGACGAAGUUCAAGCAACCUCUCAGAUCAGUAACAUUGAGCGCGUUCUACAUGCCAUCCCAGCCGAGGUCAUAUCUCGCCGUGCCGUGGAAUGUGGUUCUUACGCUCGUGCUCUCUUCCACUGGGAGCAGUACGUGCGGCAGAAGAACGAACAAGCAAAACUGUCCAAGGAAGCUAUCGACCAAGAAAAUCUCUAUCAGCACCUCCAAUACAUUUACACUCAAAUCGAUGAACCAGAUGGCAUUGAAGGCAUUUCGGCCCAUCUUCAAAUCCUGGACCCGACUCAACAAGUCCUAGAACAUCGCAAAGCUGGCAGAUGGACGGCUGCACAGAGCUGGUACGAGUUGACUCUGGCUGAGAAGCCAGACGAUCCAGAAAUUCAGUAUCAGCUCCUCAGUUGUCUACGAGAGUCAAAUCAAUACGACUCGCUAUUAGCACAAGUCCAAAGCUUCCAGAAGUCAGCAGGAUCAUGUGCGCCCAGAAUCCUUUCUCUUGCAGCAGAAGCUUCGUGGGUGACGGGCAAAUGGCGAACGUUAGGAGAGCUCCUGUCCACCACACCAGCCGGUUUGCAAGACUUCAACGUCGGUGUUGGCCAGGCUUUGUUGUCAUUAAGGCAAAAGGACAACGAGGGCUUCAUCGCGAAGAUUAACGAUCUGCGAAAGUCAAUCGCCCGAGGAUUAUCGCCUUCAAAUACGGCAUCGCUGCAGGCAUGUCACGAACCGAUGCUGAGAUUGCACGUUCUCUAUGAGAUUGAGGCCAUCAGUGGAGCAAUCGACUCAUCUUCAAUCAGUCGUACAGACCUUCUCAAAAACCUGGACAGACGCCUUGAUCUCCUGGGAGCAUACACUGCCGAAAAACAGUACAUUCUAGGGCUGAGACGGGCAGCCAUGCAGCUCUCGUCGCGUGGUUUCAGCGCUCUUGAUAUAGCAUCUUCGUGGCUUACAACAUCAAGGUUGGCCAGGAAAGCAAAUCAAAUUAACACGGCUUUCGACGCAGUGCUCCACGCAACUCGUCUCGGAGACAGCGAGGCAAAGAUCGAACAUUCCCGACUUCUUUGGAAGGACAGGCAUCACCGGAAAGCGAUCCAGAAUCUCGAUGGUGCGAUCGCUGCUAACGUUUUCUCGCGUGAACAAACACCGAGCAACGCCGGAGAUAGCAUGUCAACCAACCGGACCAAUUGGACUGAUGAACAGCGGCAGAUUGUGAACAAGCUUGCUGCCCGAGCAUACCUGUUGAAGGCCAAAUGGCUGGAUCAGUCGGGGCAGUCGGCCUCAAGCAAUAUCGUUCAGUGCUACCACACAGCAAUAAAGCUUUUUAACAAGUGGGAAAAGGGACACUACUAUCUCGGAAAACAUUACAACAAACUACUUGAAUCGGACAAGACGCAGCCAAAGGUCAGCUUUUCGACCAAGUGCGGCGAAACGGCCAAGCUCGUCAUCGAGAACUACCUCCGAUCCAUCACGUUUGGCGUCAAGCACAUUUACGAGACGAUUCCCAAACUGCUCACUCUGUGGCUCGACCUUGGUAUGGAAGCAUCUCGCGACGUCUUGCCGAAGGAUUUGGAGAGACACCGGCAGCGCUAUGAGAGGGAGGAAAACGUCCCCGGCGUGCGUGCUCUCCGGCUGGACAUGAUUAACCAGCAGAUCAAAAAAUACGUCCUGGACAGGUUGCCAGCUUACCUAUUCUACACUGCGUUGGCACAGAUGAUCACACGCAUCAGCCAUCCGCACAGCCAGACGUAUGACGUACUUUCGAGAAUCAUCAUCAAAGUUGCGGAUGCCCAUCCCCAACAAUCCCUCUGGAGUCUUCUUGCUGUGGUCAAAUCCAAGAACCCCGAUCGCAGUAAUCGUGGCGUACACUUGCUGGCCAAGUUGAAGGAGCAUAGCAAGAAGACCAAAACAUCAUCAAGUCCAGAUGUGAAAACGUUGAUUGCGCAGGGAGAGAAGCUCUCAGCGGCUUUGCUGAAUGCCUGCGAUGUCGCACUGCCAGACAGGCAAUCGCGUUUCAGUCUGACCAGAGAUAUGGGCUUUCAGCACAAGCUGGCCCCCUGCGGUUUGGUGGUACCGAUUGAGACGACGCUGAUCGCGAGUCUGCCUCGCAACUCAGAAGUUAUGCCGAAAUAUUACAAGGCGGCGUUUUCCGGGAACAUCAUCACUAUUUCAUCAUUCAGCGAUGACGUUCUUGUCCUCAGCUCGCUCCAACGACCGCGAAAGCUCACUGUUCGUGGUUCGGACGGUCGGCCGUACGGCCUUCUCUGCAAGCCAAAGGACGAUCUUCGAAAGGAUCAGCGGUUGAUGGAGUUCAAUGCGAUGGUAAACCGGGCGCUUUUAGGUGAUAUCGAGUCCAGCAAGAGGCGGCUCGACAUUAAGACAUACGCAGUUACGCCGCUGAACGAAGAAUGCGGCGCCAUCGAAUGGGUGGAGGGGCUCAAGCCUAUGCGAGACAUCAUCCUCAAACUUUACCGCGAGAAGGGCAUGAAAAUCGACUACGGUGCAAUACGGGACCAGCUUGCCAAAGCCUGCAGCGAUCCCUCCCAAAUCCACAUCUUCACCGACCAGAUACUCGGCGACCUACGGCCCGUUUUGCACGAGUGGUUCAUCGAAACGUUCCCGGAGCCCGAGGCGUGGUUCGCGGCGCGGCUCAAGUACACGCGCUCGUGCGCCGUCAUGUCCAUCGUGGGCCACGUGCUCGGCUUGGGCGACCGGCACGGCGAGAACCUGCUGCUGAUCGAGGAGGACGGGCGCGUCUUCCACGUCGACUUCAACUGCCUCUUCGACAAAGGGCUCACGUUCGAGAAGCCGGAGCUCGUGCCGUUCCGCCUCACGCACAACAUGGUCGACGCCAUGGGGGCGUACGGCGUCGAAGGGCCCUAUCGGCUGGCGGCGGAGCUCACGCUCCGGCAGCUGCGCCAGCACAUCGACACGCUGAUGACCAUCUUGGAGACGUUCCUGUACGAUCCGACGGCCGACUUUCUCGGGAGGAAGAAGAGGCAUACCAAGGGGGUUCCGACUACGCCCGAGGAGGUGCUUGAGAGUGUGAAGAAGAAGGUGAAGGGAUUCUUGCCGGACGAGACGGUGCCGUUGAGUGUUGAGGGGUAUGUGGACGCGCUGAUUGAAAGAGCAAGGGAUCCGCAUAACUUGGCGGCCAUGUAUAUCGGGUGGUGUGCUUUCUUUUAG